GUCCUAGGGAAGACUGGAAUGUGCAGGGCUGGGAGGCACAGGGUGAGCCAGAAGCUGCUUAGGAGCUCCUUAUGACGCUCUCAGAGACGGGGAGCUGCUGGGACCUGCGGCUCUUCGCCCCAGGUGCCAUGACACUGGUGAGGGGCUGGCUGCUGCUGUUGGCCUUUAAUGUAGACCUAGCCCAGAAGACUCUGGACGAGGUGCCAUUGCAGCCAGACUUUGAUGCACGCAAGGUGGAAGGACAAUGGCUUACCAUCCAGCUGGCCACUAGCCACAGGGACCUGGUCUUGCCCACUGACCCCCUAAGACUUUCUCUCCACUCCAUUGGGACCAGAGAUGGUGGGGAUGUGGACUUUGUGCUGCUUGAGAAAGGAGAGGGGUUAUGCACAGCAAUAAACAUUACCGUCCACCCAACGGGGCUCCAAGGCCAGUACCAAGGAACCUUUGAAGACGGCAGCAUGCAUGUCCAUUUCGUCAGCACCGACUACAGCAACCUUAUUCUUUAUGUCCGCUUUGAGGACAAUGAAGUCGUCAACCUGUGGGCACUUCUGGCCAGAAGACUGCCUGAGGACCCUACAUGGCUGGGGAAAUACCUGAUGUUUGUGGAGAAAUUCCACCUUCAAAAGGCCCCCAUCUUCAACAUGGCUGACCAGUGUCCCCCAAAUAGGGCCUAGAUGAGGCUGCUGCUUGAGGCUUCUUCCCACCUGGGCCCCUUCACCUUCUGCUGCCCCAGCCUCCCUUCCUCCUCCUCACCACAGCCAGCAGCUCAGGAAGCCCCUCUGCAGCUCCUAGGGGCCUGGAGCCUGGAGCCUGGAGCCUGGAGCCUGGAGCCUGGAGCCUGGAGCCUGGAGCCUGGAGUCUGGGGCCUGGGGUCUGGGGCCUGGGGCCUGGAGCCUGGAGCCCAGAGCUGAGCCCUGUCUGCCUGGUCUUCCCCAUCCCCUUCCUCCCUGUGGCAACCAAGUCCCAUCAAAUAACACAAAGAGUCCCCAAGGCUCUCACCUGGCCUAUGGCUGAAGGAACAUUUAGGAGGUUUAAGAGCUAUGAACUUGAAAGAAGGUGAGCAAAUUUAGCUGUUCUUACAGAAAAUGCCCCAUUCUUGGACACAAAAGUUUAUUUUGGGGAUGAGGAUUGGUCCAGAGGCAGGGUGCUUGCCCAACACACCCAAGACCUGACUUCUAUUCAUCUUUGGUAGCAGGCAAAAAAAAGUAACUUGAAUACGUAGAGAUGUGACAUUCCUGUGUAACCUUCUGCGUUUUGGGAAACAUGCCCCUCACUCUGUAAUAAAUAAAAGAGACUGGUGAAAGUGA